AUGUCCUCUGUCAUAUUGGACAGUGAAGCUUCGUUCCGUGAGAGAUGCAGUAAAAUAGGCCUCAGCAACGAUCUUCUCGGUAAGUUGAUUGAAGCCGGCUACAACACAUUUGGAAAGCUCGCUUUCGCCGCUUCUUCCACACCGCAGGGUUUGACAGACGAAGCUGUCGAUUCAUGGCUAGCCACUGUGGUCACCCCGUCUCCUGGUUCCUUUCAGGUUUCGGUGAUCCGUAGGUUGCUUUUUGAAUCGCAAUCACUCAAUGUGGCGGAUCUCAAAUCUAGGGUCGAAGGCACGCCGGAAGGUUCCGUGCGUCGCCUGCCCCAGGCCGAGAGAAAGGAGCGCAUCGAGGCGCAGCAUCGUAGGCUGUCGGGUCUCAUUCUGACUUCGCAUACCACUCCUGCGCACAGCUGUAUCGACCUUGUUACUGACAUGUACGAGAAUAACACACUCAAGUACAUUCCGAUUAACAGAUGGAUAUCCCGCUUCCAAGAAAUGUCUCUUCAGAAGAAGGAUUCUGCCGUUCAGAUGGACAACGAGGGCAACUUGAAGGUCGUCCAGAAAAAGCCGGAGCCUACGUGCGACACCACUGGCAUGUACCCUCUCCGGCAGGCCUUCCAGAGAAGGUCGUUAGCAUUUGAUCUAGGUCACUUGUGCAGCUUUGAAGCAAUGGAAACAUGGAUCAACCAACUCUUCGAGGCAGUUCAGCGUACCGUGCCAAAGGGAUAUGUAGCAGUCAGCUUGGGACAAGUCGUUACGGCAGAUCGUGAGCUUUUUGUCCGGUUGGCCGACAAGCUUGAAGGACAAUUGCAGAAACCCAUAGGUGUGGAGAAACCCAUGGAUGCAGCUUUGCGUGACCUCUCGGGUAGCCAGCAGAUAAAUCAAUUUCUCCAGCCGAUGGUAGCUCCUCCUCCUGCACCACAUCCCACGAAGCGCCCUUUCAAGGAGCUUGCCACGCCUAACAAAGGCGACGGAAAGGGCAAGACAUCCACCAAGGGCGGCGAGAAAGGCGGUGGCAAGGCACCUCGUGUGACCAUUCCGGAUGGCUGUGCGGCCAAAGCUUUCACCAGUGUUGGCGAUGUUUUGGGGAUCACCCCUUUACUGAAUGCACAAAUCAAGUACAGUGAUGGGGUCCUCGCGCAGGCCAUUUUGGCCAGAGGGUCAGAGAUUACUAAGCAAGAUGUUGGUCAGAUUUUCGAUCUUUUGCCCAAGGAGAUUCCUUCUAGAGGAACCUCCUCGCAGCCUCCGAGCAGCUUCAGUUGUGGGGCCUACGCAAAGGGUGGAUUGCAGGGUCUUCGGAGUGAAUGUGCGCUGUUUCCAUCCUGCAUAAAGCUCCUCACUGCUUUUGUUCGCACCUUUUUGCCAGAGCAUUUCUUCACGACUAUCAGUUUGUUUCACAACACCAAAACCGAUUUGCAUGUCGAUUCUAGGAACCAUCGUACCCCCAACGGGGUCAUUGCCGUGACUUCUUUUCAAGGAGGUGGCAUCUGGAUUGCCGAUGGAUGCGGGCCUCACAAACGGACAAUCAAGGGUGACAUCGUGAAAGGCUCAAUCCUUAGCCUCGAGACCCCAAUCACUUUUGAUGCCUUCAAAUACCCUCACGAGACGGAAAGCUGGGUUGGCGAUAGAUUGGUUUGCGUGGCCUUCACUGAGCAGCCACCCGUGAAAUCAGACUCCUGGGUUUACGAGCUCUUCGCUGGCACUGCCCGCUUCAGCAAGGCUUGCAAGGAUUUGGGCCUACCGUCACUGAAUGCAGCGUCUCAGCAGAGCCUUGCCGUGCGCAAGGACAAUGUACUGUAUCGCUUCGUUUACAAGCUUUUGCUACAUUGUUCUGCUUCAGGCAUCAAUGUCAGUGUCGAGAAUCCCCGGACUUCGCUUUUCUGGAAGGUUCUUCAGUGCUUUGCCGAGGCCGAGGGCUUGCUCUGGCCUCCGGCCGCCUUGGAGUACGUUGAUUUCGACCAGUGUUGUCAUGGUUCCGAUCGCCCGAAGUCCACUCGUUUCUUGUGCACUCGAGGCUUGUUCCACUCGCUUCGAGCUACUUGUCCAGGCAAUCACGAGCAUCGCCCGUGGGGCCUUGUGUUCCAUGAGCGUUCUAUGCAGUUGUCGUCUUCUUCUGUGUCGGCAUACCCCGUUCUGCUUUGCAAACGCAUGGCCUCCUGUCUGGAGAGCGCGGCUUUGUUCCUGGGUCUGUCUUUGCAGACCUCUCCUGACCUGGCAGCCAACUCUGACGCCGACAAGGAGGUGAACCCUCCUACAAAGCUCCCCAGAGUCGCAGAUAAGGUGUCCAGCAAGGUUCACUCCUCGGUUUUCCCUAAUAGUUCCGACCCUCCCCAAGGUUCGGUUAAGGUAGGGUGGUACUUGUCGAUGCAGGAUCACGUGGCAAAGGCCUUGACCUUAAAGCAUCCCGUCGACACUGCCGUAGCCCUUGAUCAGGAUCAGCUUGAUGCCAUCAGCUUCUGCAUGAAAAACACAGAGAAGGAGGCCGACGAGGCUCGAUUGCAUUCUUCUUUCGACCCUUGGUUCGAGAAAGUUGUGGCGGGAAAGCGUCUUCUUCUGUGGAAACACCUUCUUGAGCAGAACAAUUUCGAUGACAUGCAAGUUUGCGAUUUCAUGAUGUCGGGCGUCCCGAUUGUCGGGCAGUCAGCCUGCCCUCAGCCUUUCAGCAGAAAGAUUGUGCCGGCUACCAUGACGGAGCAGGAUCUCAAGGGUACCGCUUCGUUUCGCCGGAAGGUCAUGACUGGAUCCAGUGGCAUGCAAGCAGCCGAUCUACAAGACUUGCUGUCGAAGGCUACGUUGGACGAAGUCGAUCUGGGCUUCCUGGAAGGCCCAUACACCGAGAGCCAAGUGUCUGCUUUCUUCCACUCUGACGAUUGGAACUGCAUACGAAGAUUCCUGAUCCUUCAAGGAGCCGAGAACAAACCUAGACCCAUAGAUGACGGGCAUGAGGCUUUGAUCAACAAUUGCUUCACGGCCACCAUAAAAUUGGAGCUCCAGAACUCUGACUUUGUGGCGGCUCUAGCGGCAAGGAUUGCCAUCGAAGAGGCUGAGAGAUCUCGCGCUACAGGCGAGCCCCCAAGGUCGUGGCUGGGCAAGUGCCUCGAUUUAUCGAAGGCGUACAAGCAGAUGCCAAUGAAGAAGGAGCACCGCUCUCUCGCUGUGAUCUACCACAAGGGCCCUGCAGGCGAGGAUCAAUUCUUCAUUGCAAAUUCGCUGCUCUUCGGACUCACUGCUUCGGUUUACGGGUUCGUGCGCACGAGCAGAAGCCUUCACAAACUGCUGCUUAAGAUUUUCAAGUUGCCCAGCUCAGUGUACUUUGAUGACUUUCCGAUGUUUUCGACAUCGCUUUCUUCCAGUGACACUGACGGCAUCAUCAGCGAAUUCUUGGACAUUUUGGGCUGGGGCCAUGCCAAGACAGGCAGCAAAUCACACCCCUUUGCGGAAGUUUUCUCCGUUUUGGGAAUGCAGGUCGACUUGAGCAACUUGUCGAAGAGAAGCAUCGUCCUAUCGAACAAACCUGGCAGGAUCGAUAGGAUCGUGGAGAAGCUUGAAUCCGUGGCUGCUUCGGGUUUCCUUACGAUUCAUCAGGCUCAGAUUCUGCUGGGCUUGCUCAACUUCUCAUCGGGUUUCUUUGCCGGUCGUGCCCUCAAGCAAUCUUGCAAAUGGCUAUCUGGUUUUCUGGCUGGAGACAGGCCUUCGCCAAAGACCGUCAGCGAGAUGUGCAGGCACACGGUCAAGAUUCUUUUGAGCACGCCGCCCCGCUUCAUAAGCUGCGAUUCGACUGGAGAGCCUCCUAUCCUGAUAUGGACUGAUGGAGCUUGGGAGCCUGCCAAGGCCUUCGCCGGGAUCGGCGCAGUAAUUCUUGAUGCGAGCAGCGGCGUAUCUAGAGUUUUCCAAGGUCAGGUUCCAGAGCGCCUUGUGGUUCGCUGGCGUGAGGAGGUCGGGGAGCAAAUCAUCUGCGAGGUAGAGCUUUAUGCUCUCCUGAUGAUCAGGGCCGGCCUUCAGAAUUUUCUUUCAGGAAGACGAAUCAUUUUCUUCAUUGACAACGAUGCCGCCAGAUCUGUGGUGCUGCGCGGUCAAAGCAGAAGCGAAGCGAUGCAUCGCUUGGCCAUGGCUUUGUCCAUGGUCGAUGCCGUCGCCCCUUGCAUAUCGUGGAUAGAGAGAGUGCCAUCAUCUUCGAACAUCGCGGAUUGGCCCUCCAGGGGCGAAGGUUGGAAAGCUCAGAAGGUCGUUCGUGCAGUGAAGGUGGAGCCUUACUUCUUCGAUCAAUCUUUGAUUGAUGCUUACCUGCUCUGA